CGCGCCUGCGCGGCCACAGGCGGGGCCAGGAGGGGGCCCCCGGGGCUAUGAAAGGGGCCGCGGUCAGCCUAGGGCUACUUUGCAUUGGUGGCUGCUCCUCUCAGCAUGGUAAGCGCGGUCGGACCUCUCCUGGACGCGGGCUUCGGGUACCGAAGGAACAGAGGCCUCUCAAAGAAGAGUCACCCAUUCCUGCCUAAAAUAUUUAGAAAGAUGUCUACUCAAUCAGCAAAAGAAAGACCUGAAAGCUUGCAGUUCCCUUUCCUUGAUGAUGAAGAAACCAUCUCCACGAUCAAAGAAUCUAAAACCUUUUUUAUUUUAAGAGGCCUACCUGGCAGUGGGAAGUCCACUCUUGCCCAGGCUAUUCAAGAUAGGUAUAAACAUGCCUGCAAGGUCAUCUCUGUUGAGAGCUAUAAAAUUACACCUUUGAUAAGAAGCACAAUUCCUGAAGAGUACUCAAAGGUGGAUGAGGAUCUAGUUGACUAUUGCAAACGAGACAUCAGCGUUAUUGUUUUGGAUGACACUCACCAUGAGCAGGAGCGACUGGACCAACUCUUUGAUAUUGCUGACAAAUACCGGUACAAAGUCAUCUUUGCUGAGCCCAAAACCCAGUGGCGGAUGGAUUGCUUGCAGCUGAAGGAAAAGAAUCAAUGGAAACUGUCAGUGGAGGAGCUGAAGAAGAUGAAGCUGAGUUUGGAGAAGGAAUUCCUGCCCAUGUAUUUUGGGUGGUUUUUGAGCAAAAGAAGUUCAGAGAUCCUGAGGAAGGCUGGCCAGACUUUCUUAGAUGAGCUUGGAAGUCUCAAAGCCUUCAAAAAGGAGAGUAAAUAUUUUGCUUCUGCCAUUGAAGAUCCCAAAAUCAAAAUAGAUCUCACCAGCUACUUUGUGAAGAGGCCACCCGGGGUCUUACACUGCACCACAAAAUACACUGAGUUUGGAAAAGCAUCUGGAGCUGAGGAAUAUGCACAGCAAGAAGCUGUGAAGGCUUCCUACAGCAAAGGCUUCACCUUGGCCAUUUCUGCCCUGUUCAUAACAACAAAAACUGUUGGUGCUCGCAUUGAGCUGAGCCCACAGCAACUGCUGCUGUGGCCUGGAGACACUGACAAGAUCCUGCCCACCGACAACCUCCCCAAAGGCAGCCGGGCUCACAUCACCCUUGGUUGCGCAAACGGCAUUGAAGCAGUGCAGACUGGGCUUGACAUGCUGGAGUUUGUGAAGCUGGAAAAGGCAGGGAACAAAGGGGAUCAAGUAGGGGAAAUUGGAGGAGGGAAACUGCUGUAUUUUGAUAAUGGGAUGUGGAUGCUGGUCCUUGCUAAAAAGAUCGAUGUGAAGGCGAUAUUCUCGGGUUACUACGGAAAAGGAAAACUCGUGCCAACGCAGAGCACCAACAAACGGGGCUCUGCUUUUAGCUCCUGCACCAUCCUCUAGGAGUGUGAAUGGCUUUGUUUUUAAAAGGCAAGUAACUCCUGUAACCUUUAAAAGUGUAAAGAGAGAUAAUUCUACCUUUAGUAAAGUCAGUCCUUUUGCCAACCCCCUUGUGAAGCCUCUCUGGGGAGAGAGAGUUCAACAGCCUCUGGAAAAGGAAGAAAACAAGCAACUCCUGAGACAGGAAAACUGUUGCCUCGCUGAUACAGCCCCUGAAAGCUGCCCAGUGCACACCAAGGGCAGAGUUUUGGAGCUGGGGUGGUCUACUUGUUUUCUUCCUUGGAGGAAGAUCAGCCAUGGUCUUUUAUAAAUUCCCACGAAUCACAAGUGUCAGUGUGACCUGUCAGCACUCUGACCAGUGACAGACCAAAGCCUGGAGGGGCCUGGGCUGAAGCCAAGGGAAUGGUGUCUUUUUUUUUUUUUUUCAGUCCAGUAGCGGAAUAACUGGGUAAAACCAGUGAGACUUGAUUAUGGAUCACUGCUGUCAAGUAGGACAGCAACAGUUUAUCCUGUAAGAUUACUCCAGGGCAGAGGGUAUCCACAGCUUCCCCAGAGGCUGGUCCUGCCCUAGCUCCUGGUCACUGUUUCCAUGUGAAUGCUCUCCUCAACAGAGGGAGAGACCCACUGAGAGGCAGACAGAAGGAAAGUGCAUUUCCAGAUGCUGUCUUAAACACAGCUAUUGUGGACUUUGAGGGAAACAAAGUGAUGUCCCAGGGGAGGCAUUCAGUUCCUGCAGCAUAGCUCCAGCCACUCUACAGCAUGUGUCAGUAUCCUUGUCCUGCAGGGAACAAUCCUCCCUUGGCAGGGGGCAGAAGAGAUGAACAAAGUCUCUUCAAUCUUGUUUUACAGAAACUAAAAUAAUGUCUGAAGUAUAGACCUGUACUUCAUGCAAGAUUUUCCUACUUCUCUCUAAUGCACUUGACUGUUAAGUUAGGGUGGCAGUAACACUGUAAUUUAGGAAGCGGAGGUACUGUAACUGCAUAACUUAAGUCUGCUCAAACCUAAACCCUUGGCUGAAAAAACCAUUAAUGAAUGAGCACUCUUGUUAAGUCUGUUUUAGUAAAACUUAUGUUUUUGCUCUCAACCAGACCAUCUGCCCAUGGUUAUGUGGGUACUACUUCACUGUAACAAAGCUCAACUAACAGACUCAGGUCAGGACAACAGUUUAAACUUGUGCUAUGGCUGCAUGCUUGGUGAACUGUAGAGUGAAAUUAAUCCCCUAUUAACCCCUACAAAUUCUGACAGUGUUUGACAAGUGUGUACCUGAAGGAGGUGGCAUGGGGGGCCCUGUCCUGGGGAAGCCCCACACUGCCUCUGCCAGAAAUGUUUCUUCUCUAAAGAUUUAAAACAAAUGUAAGGAGUUCAGGGGAGGCAAGCUGGGAAACACUCUGCAUGUUGACCAAUGAAGCAACAUCAUUCCUCCUCUUUCAAAGAGAUGAUAAAUUUUCAUUAUAACAUUAAAACCCCCAUAUACACACACAUGCACCUGUAGGCCCAGCAAUCCUCCCUUACUUUCAGCAGAGAAACCCUUGCUACCUUCUGCACAGGCAGCACUUGCCCAACACUCAGCUUGAGUCCUAACAGCAGUGUCCCAGGGGUUUGGUCCUUACAGACCUGGGGAAAUUGGCUGCAGGUGGCUGCCUCUGAUGGCUCCACAGGACCAUGUGGCCCUCUUUUUCCCUAUGCCUGUUCAAGAAAAACAGAGACCUGUCUUCACUGAAGUUUUUAUUAGUUUGUACGUCAUAUACAGUUUAUAGAAUAAAGUAAACCAAUUGCC